AUGGCGGCGUCGCACGGAUCGACGGCUCUCCUUCAUCGCCGCCUCGCAGACACAGCCUCUCUCGCAUCCGGAUCCUCCUCGCUCUUCGUUCCCUCGUUGGAUCCUAGCUUCUCCCCGUCCUUAUCGCACCGCCAUCAACGCUCGUCCGUCGAUUUCCCCUCAGAUCAACAAUUAGAUCGCCUCGUGCCAGCUGGCACCAGAGCUGCCGCCGACUGCGGCCGCAGCCGAGGCGCCAGAGCGGGCAUAUGCCAUGCCGUUGCUAGCGGCGGGAGCGACGGUGGCAGCGGCGGAGGUGCGAACUACGCGCGGAGCUGGCGAAACAGGGGCGAGGGCGCGCGGGCUCUGGUGACUAUAGCGCGGGUGGGAAUCUCGAUGUCAGGGCUAUCGCUCGGUGGGUCUUAUAGCGGGGGCUCGGGGUCCAUAUCAAGCACCGGGGAGGCGCAGCAGGGAUGGCAGCAGCAGCGUCGACCGCAGCAGCAGCAGCAGCAGCAAAGGCCGGGGGGGAGACGCGGGGUUCUCCCGCAAAGGCGGCCAUCGGCGGAGCUGCUGUCGGAGGAACGGCGGAAGAAGGAGGUGGAGCGCGCGAUGCGCGAGGCUCGGGGGAAGGGGGGCGCGGAGGGGCUGGCGGAGGCAUUGCAGAUAGAGCCGCCGGCGCAGCCGCAGUGGCCGUUUUGGCGGAAGAAGCGCGAGUCGAGCUCCGGCGAGGCGCGCAUGCUGACGCGACGCAUCGUGGAGCUGGGGAAGCGGCGACAGCUGGACCAGGUGUUUCAACUGCUGGAGGACGCGAAGCGCAGCAAGAAGGCGGUGAACAUGAUCACGAUGAAUGCGGCCAUGGCGGCGUGCGUGAACUGCGGCGACAUCGACCGCGCGCUCGACCUUUUCGACGACAUGACGGCGGACGGCGGCACGGGCGUCGACUCAAUCACCUACGGCACGCUGCUCAAGGGUCUCGGCCGUGCAAAGCGGUUGGACGACGCUUUCGAGGUGUUGGAGGCGAUGGAGGACGGCACGGCGCCGGGGCGGCCGGAGCUGACGGCGGUGCACCUCAACACGCUCGUCAACGCGUGCGCGGACGCGGGGGACGCUCGGCGCGCCGUGAGCGUCGUGCAGCGCUACAAGCGCGCCUUCUCGGGGGCUAUUGGGCCGUCCGCGUUUACUUACAACCUGCUGCUCAAGGGCUAUGCGCGGUCGGACAACCCUUUAGAAGCGCUGAGUGUGGCGGAGGAGAUGCACCUGCAGGGGCUUCAGUGGGAGCGCGUCACCUUCAACUGCCUCAUCCUCGCCUGCGUGCGCGCUGGUGACAUGGACCGCGCACUCGACCUCCUGCAAGAUAUGAAGGCAGAGGCAUUGAGGAGGGGCGAUGACGACGUGCUGCCAGACGCCGUCACCUACACCACCAUCAUCAAGGGUCUAUCGGAGGAGGGCGACAUAGAGGCGCUGAGGGACGUGGUGGCGGACAUGAAGCGCGCCAGCUGUGUGCGCAGCCCUGCCGGCCCCUCCCUGCCGCACUGCCACACGCUGCUCGCGGCUGAUGGGGGCGAAGAAGGCGUGAGCAGCCCUGCCAGCACCGUGACUAGCAGCACUGGCGUCGCUGGUAGCAGCACUGGCGUGGUUGACGGCAGCAGCACUGGCAGCAGCACUGGCAGCAGUAGCGGGGGUGGGACGAGCAGCAAUCCGCUGGGGAUGGACCGAGUGGCCUACACGGCCAUCAUCGACGCCUUCAUUGCUGUCGGCUCGCCUGAAGACGCGCUGCAGUGCAUGGCGGAACUAGAGGAGCUGGGGAGGGCAGACCGCUCAAUGCGGCCGCGAGCCCACGUCUUCCUCUCCCUCAUGCGCUCCCUCGCUGCCGCCGGCGACCUGCCGUCCACGCAGCAGCUCGCCGCCCGGCUGGUGCGCGACGCGGGCGGCAGAGUGUGGCCGGAGGAGCGGGCGGAGGCGGCAGAGCUGGUGCUGGAGGCUGCCACCCGGGCGGGCGAGAUGGGCGUGGCAGCGCGGCUGCUGGAUGAGAUGGAGGCGAUGCACGGCCACCAGCUGCGCAUGUCCCUCCGCGGCAUGCAGGCGGUGGUGCAGCUGAUGGCAGCAACGGGGACGGGCUUUGAGCGCUUCACGCCCAUCGGCAUCAGACAAGAGCUAUCGCUGCGUGAUACGGUGCAGUCUGUCAUGGUUCCCCUGGCUGACGUGGCAGUGGCCCACCCUGACCAGUCACUGGCGGAGCUGAGGUCAGCACGGCCAGAUCUGAUGCCCGCUGACGUCAUCCCGGUGAUCAACGGUGCCGAUGAAUGCGUGGGCGUGCUGACAGUACCCAGCCUUGCCAUGGACCCCACGGCCCUCAUCUCGCACCUCAUGCUGCCCCCCCCGCCCUCGCUCUCCUGCCUCUCCACCAUCUCUGAAGCUGCUCUGCUGCUCUCCUCGCGCCGCACGCCCCUGGCGGCAGUGGUGGCGGGCAGUGCACGCAUGCGCUACGGGCUCGCCAAGGAGGCUGCACAGAGGAGCUCGGGGGAGGAGCGGCGCGUGGUGGGGGUUGUGCGUGCUGAGGCCGUGUUCGAGGGGCAUGGUGGGUGCUGGUGGCACUCUGGGGAGCAGAGGGAGGGUGCUUCUGUGGAGAGUGGUGAUGUGCCUUUUGGUGAAGUUGAAGCCGCCGCAUCCCCCAACCUAGCGUCCAUGUGGCAGCGCGUGAUUGGCUCCACCUCCGAGUGGGUUCCCCGGCCGGUCACCGGGCAGAUAGGCCUGCAGGUGGGGCCGCCCGCGCCCCUCUUCACCCUCCCUGAAACCCAAACCCACGCCGAGAGCUCCCAGAGCUUAUGGGGGGGGGAUCUCAGCUCCUCUGACUCAUCUCUCAGCGCGCAGGACUGGCAGCAGCAGGGGCAGCUGCGGGGGGAGACGGCCAUGGGGGUGCUGCUGUCGCCGGGGGGCCCGUGGGGGCGGCUGGUGAGGGAGUGGCGGUGGGCGCGCGUGCAGUACCUGUGGGAUGUGCUGCUGGAGCGCCACCCCAUCGUGUACAUCAUGCUGCUCAUGACCAUGUGCACUACACUCGUCUUCCUGGGAGGAUUCCUCUUCCACACCUUCCGGCAGCGCAAGAGUCUGGGCGAGGACAUGUGGGAUGCGUGGUCCGCCCUCGUGUCGUCCAGCUCGCACCUUAAGGAGAGCACGCAGGAGGGGAGGGUGAUAGGCAUCAUGCUCACGCUGGGCGGGCUCUUCUUCUACUCGCUGCUCACCUCCACCAUGACCGCCCAGUUCAAGCUGCGCAUGGAGUGGCUGAGGGAAGGCGCUCACUCGCAGGUGAUGGAGCGGGACCACAUAGUGAUAGGGGGAAUCAACAACCGCCUCGCCACGCUGCUCACUCCUCACUCACUCCUGCUCUCCCCUUCACCACCUGCACCAGGUCAUGGAGUGAUGGAGCGGGACCACAUAGUGAUAGGCGGCAUCAACAACCGCCUCGCCACGCUGCUGCGCCAGCUCAGCAAGAGCCAGCACUUUGCCGUGCAGGAUGGCUCUGCAGACCUGCAGUCAUGCCGACGCACUGCCUCUGCCUGCUCCCUCGCCCAUGCACACCCCUUGCUGCUCCUCUUCACUCCACUGCCUGCCCACCAGGAAGCGCACAGUGCUGCUGCUGCGCACAGAGCUAUCAUCUUCCCCCUCUGGCUCUCUUUCAAGUCACCACCGCCCCUCUGCUCCCUUCCCUUCCCCCCCGUUUGGCCCUUCACCUACCUACCCACCAGGAAGCACACGGUGCUGCUUCUAACGGAGCUGCCACGCAAGGAGACGGAGAAGAUCGUGUCGCCUUACCUCAAAGACUGCCGGCACAGUGCUGCUCACACAACCAUCAUCCUUCCCUCUGCCUCUGUUUCACCACCAUUCCCUUCUCCCGCCUCCAACUCCACCAGGAAGCGCACGGUGCUGCUGCUGACGGAGUUACCGCGCAAGGAGGCGGAGAAGAUCGUGUCGCCGUACCUCAAGGACUGCCAGCACAUCAACCUCUUCAUUCGCAGCGGCCUGCUCAGCAGCACGGCGUCGUUCAAGGAGGCGGCAGCAGACAGGCGGCCCGCUCAGCAGCACGGCAUCGUUCAAGAAGGUGGCAGCAGACAGGGCGCGCUCAGUCAUACUCCUGGCGCCCAAGGACGACUAGUGAGUGCCCUGCUUCCUGCUGCGCGCACACCCCCUGCUAGCAUUGCAGCAGCAUGGCUUCUGAGGCGCCUCAAAAGCCCCGCUGCUGGAGCUGCAGCAGCAUGCGUGCAUGUCCCAGCAGCAUGCGUGCUUGUUCCAGCAGCAUGCGUGCAUCACUGUCACCCGUACGCCUCUCGUUGCUCCCAUCUCUCCCUCUCCUUUCCCGACUGCCCUUCCUCCCUACCCACGUCGUGCCCUUCUCCUUUCUCCAUCGACCGCCCUCCCUCCCCUCUGCGGCACCGACACGGGCGUGGUGGCGGAGGUAUCAAAGGGCAGCACGUGAUCACUGCUGAGGGGCAUGGCGGAGGUGCGCGUGAGCGCCGUGGAGAACCGUGCUACGAGGCAGAUGCAGACUUGGUAAUGUCGGUGAUAGCGCUGAAACCUUUGCUUCGCGACUCCAACACGGGAUUCGUUGCAGAGGUGUCAAAGGGCAGCACGGGGUCGCUGCUGCGGGGCAUGGCGGAGGUGCGAGUGAGCGCCGUGGAGAACCGUGCUAAACAGCAGCACGGCAUCACUGCUCUCUACGAGGCAGAUGCAGACGUGGUGAUGUCGGUGAUAGCCUUGAAACCUUUGCUUCGCGGCUCAAACACGGGGGUGGUGGCGGAGGUAUCAAAGGGCAGCACGGGGUCGCUGCUGCGCGGCAUGGCGGAGGUGCGCGUGAGCGCCGUGGAGAAUCUCUCUGCCAAGCUCUUCGUGCAGUGCUCUAGGCAGCCGGGGCUCGUGGACGUUUACUGCAAGCUGCUGGACCAUGCUGGCAGCUGGGGCUCGUUGAUGUCUACUGCAAGCUGCUGGACCACACUGGUGGGUGGGGGUGGGUGGGGUGGACAGAGGGGAAGCAGGGACGAGGGUAGUGGGGUGGAGGGCACAGAAGCUCUCCUCAGGGGCAUGGCGGUGGUGCGGGUGAGUGCCGUGGAGAAUCUCUCUGCCAAGCUCUUCGUGCAGUGCUCCAGGCAGCCGGGGCUCGUGGACGUGUACUGCAAGGUGCUGGACCACACUGACGAGGUGAUCAACGUGAGAAACUUUCCUUCGCUUGCCAGCCAGCCUGCCCUACGGCCUUGUUUUGAGACGUCUCGAAAAAUCACCUCUUCUCUCACCCGCCUCCCCUCUGCCCCCCAGACGAGACGAGGUGAUCAACGUGAGGAGCUUUCCUUCGCUUGCCGGCCUGUCCUACAGCCUUGUGCGCAGGGGCUUCCCCUCAAUCGCCGGCCUGCCUCCACUGUCCGCUUCACCUCCUCUCUCUCCCGCCUCGCCUCCCCUCUGCCCCCCAGACGAGGUCAUCAACGUGAGAAGCUUCCCCUCACUUGCCGGCCUGCCCUACGGGCUCGUGCGCAGGGGAUUCCCAGAGUGUGCUGCGGCUUAGUGAGGGACGGCAAGGUGCAGUUCCACCCCAAGGACUCCGAGCCGGUGCAACGCACCGAUAAGUUGAUGCUGAUAGCGCUGAAGCACACGCACUGCCACCCCCCGCCAGCGCUCAUGAUGCAAGCAGCACAGACCAGGCAGAAGCAGGAGAACAGCCCACUGAUGCUGAUAGCGCUGAAGCACACUCAUCGCUACCCCCCUCCAGCACUCAUGAUGCAAGCAGCACAGAUCCGGCAGAAGCAGGAGAGCAGCCGGGGGGGGCGGGAGGGGCGCGGGGGCGGUUCGAGUGAGGGGAUGGUGCGGGUGCACAGGGACUCGGCGCUAAAGACAAGAGAUGCCGGCCAGUUCAAGCCAAACGAGCCGGCGGCACGAGCGGAGCGCAUGGUGAUGCUUGGAUGGAGGACGGGUGUGCCGGACAUGAUCCGCGAGUUUGACGACUACCUGGGGCCGGGCAGCGAGUUGGUCAUUCUGGCGGAGGAGAGCCUGGAGGAGAGGGAGAGGCAGCUCGCCCGCAUGCUGCGCACACCCCUCCGAAACCUGACCGUCGUGCACAAGGUGGGCAACCCCAUGAGUCGCACGGACCUCACAGACGCCAUCCUAGACCCCGGCAGUGUGUUCCACCCCUUUGUGUCCGCCGGCGGUGACAUGUUCUUUGACAACGUGCCCUUCUCUAUCAUCGUUGUUUCGGAUCGCUCCUGGCAUCAUGGAGAGCGCACCAAGCCAGACAAGCAGUCGCUGUACUCGCUGCUGCUAGCAGAGUCGGUGUGCCGUGCCAACAAGAUCAAGGUGCAGUCUUUAAACGCGGAGCUGGAGGACAACCGGCUUGGGCGCGAGGUGGUGGGCAGCCAUCCAUCUCUCACCUACAUCGGCACGUCUGACCUCAUGGGGCUAGUCACCUCACAAGUCACGGAGCAUGCAGAGCUGAACGCCAUCUGGACAGAGCUGCUCAACAGCUGGGGAGACGAGAUCUAUGUGAAGGACGCGUCCCUGUAUGUGAGUGCGGGGAAGAGCCGCACGUUCAACGAGCUGGUACUGCACGUCCUUGGGACCAAACUAAAUGCGCCCACCCCCACCCCUCCCCCCCACCAGGACGCGUCCCUGUAUGUGAGUGCGGGGGAGAGCCGCAUGUUCAACGAGCUGGCACUGCUUGUCCUUGGGACCGAACUAAUUGUGCCCUCCCCACCCCCAUUCCCCCCUUCACCAGGACGCAUCCUUGCAUGGGAGACCCCAACCUUCAACGAGCUGGCAGAGAGGGCGGUGCAGCGGGGGGAGGUGGCGAUAGUCCAUCCCUGCCCGUCCCUCCUGCUGGCCCGUCCGUCCCGCUGGCCCAUCGAUACUCGAACGCCUAAUCGCGUUUUGUUUUCAGAAUCUCCACGUGCGCUGCGCAACUGCGCGCCGAGUUCUCCACUCUCUCUCCUCCUCCCGCGCGCCUCCCCAUUCUGGUCCGGCCGUUGCAGUGACUCUAUCGUCCCUCCCUCGCACCGUCCCCCUCUCCCGUCCCAUGCCCCGCUCGCAGUGACUCUAUCGCGCGUGACAAAGAAGGGGCGCGAGCAGAAGGAGUCGCUAGUGGAGGCAGUGCGAGCGGCGGUGGAGGAGUAUUCAGACGUGUAUGUCUUUGAGUUCGAUAACAUGCGCAACACCAAACUCAAGGAGCUCAGGGACGAGCUGAAAGGAGUCUGCCGGUUCUUCCUGGGGGCGAACAAGGUGCUGCAGGUGGCGCUGGGGAGGGACAAGGCCACGGAGCAGAGGGAGGGGCUGCACCGGUGCAGUGAGCUGAUAGAGGGCCACCGAGGCCUGCUCUUCACAUCGCUGCCCAAGGAGCAGGUGGAGAAGCGAUUCAACGAGCUGGCAGAACCAGAUUUCGCGCGCACGGGCAGCAUCGCCACCAGCACAGUGGAGCUCCCUGAGGGUUCGCUGACCCAGUUCGGCCAUGACAUGGAGCCGUUCCUCAGGAAGCAGGGCAUGCCCGUGCGCCUAAAUAGAGGAGUGAUUGAUCUGGUGGCUGACUUUACAGUGUGCACUGAGGGCCAACCACUCUCUCCCGAAGCUGCAACCAUUUUGGUACGCCUCCCAAUCCCACACCACCAUUGUGCGGCUAUUGGGAGAGAAGAUGGCGGUCUUUCGGCUGCAUCUGCUGCCGCGCUGGACGGACCGCUCCUAUUCAUGUCAACUUGUCUCCUGUUUUCCACCUUAUGUUUCCAUCCCUAUCCGUCCUUCCGUUAUCUGCUUGUCCAGCGGUUAUUGGGAGAAAAAAUGGCAGUCUUUCGGCUGCAUCUGCUGGCGCGCUGGACGGACGGCUCCUUUGAGCUGCUGCCAGCUGGCGUGGAGGCAGCCAAGGCGGGCAGUGGGAAGGGCAGCAAGGGAGGGUUUGUGGAGGGGUUUGUGGAGUCUGAUGAGGAGGGGAGUGAGGAGGAGGAAGGGGAGGAGGAAGGGGGUGGUGAGGAAGAGGCUGCUGCUUAG